AUGUUUGCUCAAAAUCAACUUCAGAAUCAACAAUUUUCUGAACAGCUUGCUGCCUUGACUCAACAAAUAAGUAACAUGCAGACUGGUGUGGUUCAAAAUUCACAACUGAGUUGUGAUUUCUGUGGUGGCAACCAUGUGAAUGGAGCUUGUGAUCCCACAGUUAUAGAAAAACCUGAUCAAUUGGAUGAGAAACUUGCAAAUAGAGAUGAAGGAAGGUUCCCUAGUAGCAUAAUAGUGAAUCCAAAGGAGCAAUGCCAAGCUAUAACCACUAGAAGUGGAGCAGUAGUUUCCAGCCCAAGAAAGAAAGAUGAAGCCACCAAUUCGAAGGAAGAAAGUGAGCUGAAACAAGAAGAUUUUGAAAGUGGGAAAUAUACUAUGUUAAAGAGAGGAGAAGAUGAAGAAAAUUGCAAAAACAAGCAAGAAAAAAGGGGCAAGAAGCAGAGAUUUAAGCAGGCCUGCAAACCUAUUAAUGAAGAGCAGUAUAAGAGAUUAUCUUUUCCAAAAAGAGUACAAGAUCCUAGACAAGAAAAGCAGUUUGAAAGGAAGCUGGACAUGGAAAAAUUGGUACCACUCACUGAAGAGUGCAGUGCCAUUUUGCAGAGAAAACUGCCUCAAAAGUUGAAGGAUCCAGGGUCAUUUAGCAUACCGUGCUCUAUUGGAAACUGCACAAUAGGAAAAGCUCUUUGUGACUUGGGAGCAAGCAUAAAUUUAAUGCCUUUAGCCAUUAUGAAGAAGCUGGGAAUUGAAGAGGUAAACCCAACAGGGAUAACACUUCAACUUGCAGACAGAUCUUAUACAUAUCCCUAUAGAGUAGUGGAAGACAUUUUAGUCAAGGUAGACAAGUUUAUAUUCCCUGCAUAUUUUGUUAUACUUGAUAUGGAGGUAGAUGCGGAUAUCCCUCUCAUAUUAGGAAGGCCAUUCUUAGCCACAGGGAGAGCUUUGAAAGAUGAGCAGUACAAGAGGAGAAAGUCAUUUUUAAUGUAUUUGAAGCCAUCAAACAUCCAAGUGAUGAUAUGA